CUACUAACCUCAUUAAUUACCACACUACCGACACUAUAUUCCUUUAUUAAUUUCUGCAAUCCAUUCAAAUUAUGGAAUCUGUCAAGGAAACACUGAAUUCACUAUCUGAUACCUUCUACAAAACAAUGGAUUCAUUUCAAACACAACUGCAGAAGGCCUCAGAAUCUUCAAAAAUAUCCUCAGCUUUGCCAGAAGAGUUCAACACAUUUAGAACAUUUAUAUUCUCGGCUCUUAGCACCAUUCAGCAGCAAGUGUUGUACCUCGGAAGGGAAGCGGAACGUCAAGAACUUUACAGACGUCGUAAGAUGUUACUCUUUCAUGGAGUUCCAGAGGAAAAGUCAGAGGAUUUAUGUGCCAGAGCCGUUGAUCUCAUCAGCAGCAAGCUUAAGGUACCAAAUUUUGAUUCCUCCUGCAUUAGGCAUUGUCACCGCUUAGGUCAGCCUGGCAAAAGACCUAGGCCACUCUUGAUCAAAUUUUCAAGUAAGCCCGUUCGUGAUCAGGUCUGGUUCUCUAAGACAAAGCUAAAAGGUUCUGGUAUUACACAGUCUGAAUAUUUAACGAAGACUCGACAUGAUGUGUUCACUGAAUCCAGAAAGCGUUUCGGCAUUACUAAGACUUGGACUCGUGACGGAUUUAUAUACAUCCUUGACAAUGAAGGUAACAGACAUCGAGUAGAGAACCUGAAUGAACUCGACAAGAUCCCAAACUCUGGCUCUGCUGAGCCGUCAACUUUGAAGAAUCAAUUUCCUUUUGAUAAAACGAGUCUCACUCGAGCUAAAAAACUGAAAAAGUAA